UUCUAGAGCAACGAAAGUAGUAUCAUUCGGCUAGUGUGUGCACCACAAUGUCAGCAGCCAUGGAUUCAAUCAGUUGUUCAAUAUGUCUGGAUCUACUGAAGGAUCCGGUGACUAUUCCCUGUGGACACAGCUACUGUAUGGGCUGUAUUAAGGACUGCUGGGAUCAGGAUUAUGUGAUGGGUUUUCUGAUCAGCUGCCCUCAGUGCAGACAGACCUUCAUCCCAAGGCCGGUUCUAAAGAAAAGCACCAUGCUAGCAGAAUUGGUGGAGAAUCUGAAGAAGACAGGACUCCAAGCUGCUACCCCUGCUCACCAUUAUGCUGGACCUGAAGAUGUAGCGUGUGAUGUCUGCACUGGGAGAAAACUCAAAGCGGUCAAGUCCUGUCUGGUGUGUCUGGCAUCUUACUGUGAGACUCACCUCCAGCCUCACUAUGAAUCUCCUACCUUUAAGAAGCACAAGCUGGUCAAAGCCUCCACACAACUAGAGGAGAAGAUCUGCUCUCAUCAUGACAAACUGGUGGAGAUUUACUGCCGUACUGAUCAGCAGUUUAUCUGUUAUCUGUGUACAAUGGAUGAACAUAAAGGCCAUGAUACUGUCUCAGCUGAAUCAGAAAGGACUGAGAGACAGAGCCAGGUGGGGGAAAAACAACAGAAAUCCAAACAGAGAAUCCAGGAUAAAGAGAAUGAGAUGCAAGAGGUGAGACAGGCUGUGUAUUCACUCAAGUGCUCUGCAGAGGCAGCGGUGAAGAACAGUGAGAGGAUCUUUACUGAACUGAUCCGCUCCAUUGAGAGAAGGCGCUCUGAGGUGAAACAGUUGAUUAGAGCCCAGGAGAAGGCUGAAGUGAGUCGAGCUGAAGGACUGCUGAAGCAACUGGACCAGGAGAUGGCUGAGCUGAGGAGGAGAGAGGCCGAGUUGGAGRAGCUCUCACACACAGAAGACAACAUCCAAUUCCUCCAGAGUUUCCAGUCUCUCUCUGUCCCUCUUGGAUCUAAGGCSUUACCCAGCAUCACUUUCAAUCAACACGUCUCCUUUGAGUAUAUAAGGAAAUCAGUCGCUGGGCUGAAAAGUCAAGUUGAAAAMAUCUGCUCUGGGGAAAUUGCCAAGAUCUCUGUAAAAAUGACAAAAGUCCACAUUGUUCCACCUUCUGAGCCCCGUUGUCUUCCGUCAUUUGGCACAACUCAGUCUACACUGUCAGUUGGAGGACUAGCAUCACAUGGGAAUGACACCACCUGUCAGAAGACAAGGCCUGAACCCAAAACCAGAGAGGAGUUCUUGAAAUGUUCCUGCCAGCUCACAUUGGAUCCCAACACAGCGCAUAAAGAGCUGCGUCUGUCUGAGGGGAACAGGAAGGUAACAUGGAGUGAUAACGACCAGCUUUAUCCUGACCAUCCAGACAGAUUUACCACCUACGCUCAGGUGUUGUGUAGAGAGGGUCUGUCUGGAGCCUGCUACUGGGAGGUGGAGUGGACCGGGGUGGAGGUUUGUAUAGCUGUCUCAUAUAAAGGGAUCAGCAGGAGAGGACAUKAUGAGUGGUUAAGAAGCAGUAAUCAGGCCUGGUGUUUGGAGUGUGGUGCCUCUCGCUGCUACUUCUAUCACAAUGAUAAACAGACUGACAUACCAGUCCCCCGCUCCACCAGAGUAGUAGGAAUGUACUUGGACCACAAGGCAGGAACUCUGUCCUUCUACAGUGUCUUUGACACAAUGACCCUUCUCCACAGAGURCAGACCAAUUUCACUCAACCCCUUUAUCCUGGGUUCUAUGUCACUACGUCUCUCAAGAUACUGACACCGACACAGUGAUGAGUUACAGUGAGUUACAGUUAUACAGUUAGAAUUAAGACAAGCAAAAGGGUCAGAAUAGUGACCGGAAAGAUCCAUAUUAUAAGAUGUUAAGAAGUAUUACCAAGUUUAAAUAAAUGUGCAGAUAAAUUAUCCUGAUUCUAUUGCCUUAGUGCAUUUUUCUYAAAUGGGUUUUGUAUAAAACUCCCACUUCCACAGUCAGCAUGAGCCCUCUACCAGGGAGGAACACAGGCAGGUACAGUACGUAAUAUAAAUACCUUGUCUUUAUACAGUGGCGUGUAUUCACGGACGGCAAGGGUGGCCAGGCUUCCCCAUAUAUAAAAAAAAAAAUGUCUCAUUCUUCUCUCUCAGUGUGUUAAUAAUUUUCCAUCAAUUCGCAAGGGGCUGAGCGAGGGAUUUGAGCGAGGGAUACAGUGCCCCUCUGUUUCAGUAUGUGUAGCCCAAAAUAGUAUAACAUGUUGCCGCCGUAGCAUUUGAUUGAUCGAUGCCAGCAAGCAUUUGGCCUUCCUUGAUAAAAAUAUUAUAAAAUAAUUAGCCAAUCAGCUAAUGUGCUGAACUCUGGGUUGUCCUGGUGCAGUAAAACGCCUCCCAAGGGAGGGUAGUUUGGAUUUGGCCUCACACCAUUUAAAUCACCUCCUAUGCUAAAUGUAAUUUUCAUGAAAACGUGUCUGUUUCUGGUCUACUUGUGUUGAUGUUUAGCAGUAGCUAGCUUUCUAAAUCGUCCCUUUCCUAAGCCGUGGAUGGAGAUGGGGAUUUGGAAUUGUGGUUUUGGCUUAAUUCUUUGUACAGGUCAAUGAUUAUGAUCUAACCAUAAAUGAAAAUGUUGUGCCACUGGCCUUUUUAGCUAGGUAGCCUCUGACA